CAAUCUCUUGGAAGGCAGGAGCCUGAAUACCAAUGCAUUGACACCUGCUGUGGAGCAGGGAGGAAUCUGCUUUGUCUCCAGCUCACACAGCCUCUGCCCUUGGUAGUGAUUUUGUUUUAGAAUCAGGAAAUACUAAUAACCACCUGUCUUUGUCUCAGUGGAGGUUUGUUAGGAUAAAGGCUGUAAAUCUGACACGAAAAGCAAUGUGCACCACAAAGGUGUUUCUGACAAAGCUCUGCUUUGUUGCUCCUUCUCUGUGGUCCGUAGGAAUAUUGCAGUUUGGCCUCACCUUUCUUUGCUCUGUGCUAGUGAAUCGUGAGGCUGUAAUAAAAGGGCAGCGUUACCUGGAUACUCAAUUGAUGUAGCAGCUCUGCUUUUCCUGUAAAAGUUAACUGGGGAAAAGGAGAUAAAAGGCACUGACUGAGCUCUGUUGCAGAAUCAGUGGUUUUUCCUGGAUUAGAAACUGAAUCACCUGAAUGUUACCAUUUGUUUCUUUCUUCUCCUCUUCCCCCCUAAAUGUUCCUGCCCUAUCUGAUGUAUCUGCUUCUGCCUGUAGGGAUUUUGGAGGUGUGUAGUGGGAAAAAGGGACAAAUCCAGCAGAACAAACAGCGCCGUGAGCGCCCCAUCCCCGAUUCAGGACCUCGCUCAUGCCGUGGGCUGUGUGCGGUUGCCAUCUGCUGGGUGAGCGUGUGCUCGCGGUCUCACAGCCUGCAUCCUGCCAGAACCCGGCGCUGGGACCUUCAGCUGCCUCAGAACCAGCUGAGUGCCGCUGCUCCUGGAGCUUUUGUACCUGGCAUCCCUUGAGGGUUAUUAACCAGGGUAAUACUACUUGUAACCGCUGCUCCUUGCGAGGCAGAGUGAAAGCUCUUGAUAGCAGGGAAGUUACCCUGGUUUGAUCCUAAUAACAGUGAAUAGGUAAAAAAAUCAUGUUCAGUCAGAAGGUUAGAAUAAGUGCAGCAUGUUUAGAGGUAAUAAACCAACUUCUGGAUUGACUGAACCAGUGCUGGAGCAAUUAAAAACUAGGUCUUCAUAACGCUGCGAGAGGAAAAAUCUGUUCCUUUCAAUCAUUCAUAGGAAUGCUCAGGCUGUGUGUUGUCAGAGAUGGGAGGGGUGGAAAUCCAAUAUUGUUUAACGAAGUGCAACGAUAUUGGCAUUAUCUGUGGGAAGUUCUGGAGAUGCUGCCAUUAGCUGUGAAUAAGCCUGUCAGUCAAAGCCACUCACAGGGAUGCUGCUCUGAGGCUCUGUAAACAAGAGCUGAGUCUCUGCCUCUUACACUUUCUCACAAGCAAAUUAUUUGUAUCUGCUGACAGUUCUGGUAGACUUAAUCACCCUGAAAGCCACCAAAUACAGGUGACUUCUAGCCUGUGUGUCUUACAGCAUGACUGGCUUUGGUUAGCAUUUGGAGUUUGGCAAAUUGUGUUUUAAAAUCGUGACUGUGAACCUGCCUGGGUUUUGGUAUUACUCACCUCCCCAAACAUUUCAAUGCUCUUCAUCUCCAAGCAGUUUUCUAUUUAUCUUCACCUCAGAAUCUUAUCUGUCAGUUUGAUCUGAGGUUAAAUGCUUCAUCAGAGAGAGGAAUGCUUUGUUUCUUGAGAGAACAAAUAACUUCAGUUGUCUUCUGAAGGAAACCAUAGUGGUUUUCUACAGUUAUCAGACUAUGAGGAACCACUUGAUGCCUGGCUGCUGCCAUCUCCCAGGCAAGUCCAGGAUCCUUCAGCUGCAUUACUGGCUCUGUAGAGAAGAAAUGGGAAUAUUCUUGAACUCAUGAUCUCAGAAGUACAAACCAUGAGUUAAACCUGUGUAGCCACUGGGAAGAGAGGCUGUUCUAUUACAGCCCUUUUAUGCUGAAAAUGCUCUGCACACAACAGAAGAGCUGUGAAUAGUUUAGAGAAGAGUGAGGGAGAUUGUUUCUGACAAUAUCAAAAGCACUGAUAUUUCCCUGAAGUAAUAAUCUUUUUCCCUGCUGAAAUGCUGAAGUUCCAGGCAAUUGGCUCAGUGAGGAAGACAAAAGAUUUAAAACCUGUUUAGAGACUAUUCUAAUCCCCUUAACUGGUGUCUCUCACUGAACUGAAAGGGGGGAUGCUGAUUCCCAGGAGGCCAGCAGGAUUUGUGACUGGAUCUAAGGAAGAAAAAGCUUGAGGCUGUGUCACAGUGAAUGAACUGUGUGUUGACAUAGGCAGGUACUUAGAAUGUGUGGGACCAUCAGUGAAAGUCAGAGGAAAGUCAUUCCAGGGAAGUGUGCUCCAGCACCAGGCAAGUCUUUGGAACAGUGGCAGAUAACAGGAGCUGGGUUGCUGUCAAGAUAAUGCUCCAAAAUCAAGAAAUGAAACUUAAUGAAAGUUCAAAAAUGCUCAUUUGCUAGAAUUAACUAUGAAAAUAGAAAUCUGUUAGAAGCACUAGCAUUCAGAUCCACGAUUGCAGAACAGGUUUUGUCAUCAUUUACCAGCAGAAAAAAGGAAGAGAUGGACUACAAAGUGCUGUUUGAAGUAGGGGGGAAGAAAGGUUUGUGCUUAAUCCUGCAUGCUGUUCUCUGGAGGAAAAUGGUUAGUGUGGAAAAUCUAGUUAAUUUGACUCGUUUUUCUCAUAGAGCUCUAAGUAAAAAUUUGCAUCAGAGAGGUUUUACUGUGGGCAGGGAUUAAAAAGUUAAAACUCUCUCAAGAGAUGCAAAUAUCUACAGAGUUUUAUAUAUAUAUACAUACAUACAUAUAUAUACAUGUAUUCAUAUAUUUAUAUAUAUGUAAUAGUUCUCCUAGGAAAACACUAAACUUGGGGAAACCUUUGCAGAGCUGCUUGAAUGUGGAACUGGCUAUGGGGUGGUGUUACUGGACUGUGUUUCUUUUUUAGAACAGGUGAGAAAGUGAAGCAAGAUCAUUUGUUGUUACCUAACUGAAAAUUCAGUGCACAGGAAUGAACAGGAUUCUGUUCUGUUACCUUGAAAAUGAAAGUGUUUGAGGAUGGUGGUGUACACAGGUGCAUCCACAUUUCAUUCUUCUAGCAGCAGUGAAGUUGGUUUCGUUGAAAUAAUUCUGUUCAGUUUUGGAUAUUCAGGGUUAGAGGUGUUACAUCCUUACCUGAAGAAGCAGCAAGCAUUAGUUGGUGGAGAAUAGAUCCCUAUUGGAGACCUCUGUAAGUUUUACAAGCUGUAGGGACUGAGGAACAAAUUUGUGACCCUUAGUUCCUCUGGCAUAACUGAACAGGGGUGGUUGUAGGAGAUCGUGGCUGUGCUGAUGUCUGACUGGAGCUCCCCGUUAAGCAGUGGAAGAGAAAAGCAGAGGAAACCUUAAAAGAAGUAACAAGAGCAUUUAACAGCUGUCAGGGAGUCCCCUGCUGCCUUAGAGGAGCAAACAUUUCAGUGUCAACUGACACCAGGAAGGAGCUGUCAGUCAGCAAAGAGUUAAUUGUUCCAGCAAAAAGUAGUUUAGAUAAAAUCCUACCUCUCCUCUCUCCCCCGCUUCCUCGGUGUUGUGGAGAGGAAGGGAGCUUGUACAUCACAAAACUGACAGUGAUUCCUCAGUGCCUGAGCUAAUAAACGGGAUGAAAUUCAAACUGCCUUCUCACACAGACACAGACUUGCAGAAGAGGGAGCAAGACGGAGGGAAAAUGCAGAGUAUCUUUACUUCCUAACAUAGGAAAUUGAGAAAAACCCUCUUAUCUCUACAAGAUGAUGGAUUUAGGAAGCCCAUCGCAGAAACACAUGGAAAGAUGUAUGAGCUCCAUGCAGGCGGGCACACAGAUGAUCAAACUCCGAGGUGGCUCCAAGGGGCUGGUGCGCUUCUACUACUUGGAUGACCACAGGUCCUGCAUUCGCUGGAGACCCUCUCGGAAGAAUGAGAAAGCCAAAAUUUCCAUCGACUCCAUCCAGGAGGUGUGUGAGGGGAAGCAGUCGGAGAUCUUCCAGCGCUACGCCGACGGCAGCUUCGACCCCAACUGCUGCUUCAGCAUCUACUACGGGGACCACAUGGAGUCCCUGGACCUGGUGUCCUCCAGUGCUGAGGAAGCACGCACCUGGAUCACAGGGCUGAAGUACCUGAUGGCUGGCAUCAGUGACGAGGACAGCCUCUCCAAACGCCAAAGGACCAGAGACCAGUGGUUGAAGCAGACAUUUGACGAGGCAGAUAAAAAUGGGGAUGGCAGUCUGAGUAUUAGUGAAGUGCUCCAGCUCAUGCACAAACUGAAUGUGAACCUACCCCGACAGAAAGUCAAGCAAAUGUUUAAGGAGGCUGACACAGAUGACAACCAGGGCACGCUGGACUUUGAGGAGUUCUGUGCCUUCUACAAGAUGAUGUCGACGCGGCGCGAUCUGUACCUGCUGAUGCUCACCUACAGCAACCACAAGGACUACCUGGACACAGACGACCUGAAACGCUUCUUGGAGACUGAACAGAAGAUGACAAAUGUGACUAAAGAACAUUGCCUGGAAAUCAUCAGCAAGUUUGAGCCAUGCCCAGAGAACAAGAAGGAGGGAGCCCUGGGAAUUGAUGGUUUCACCAAUUACAUGAGGAGUCCAUCGGGGGACAUCUUCAACCCAGAACAUUACCAAGUGAACCAGGACAUGAGCUACCCUCUGAGUCACUAUUUCAUUACCUCUUCACACAACACCUACCUCAUGGGAGAUCAGCUGAUGUCCCAGUCCAGGGUGGACAUGUAUGCAUGGGUGCUACAGUCUGGCUGUCGCUGUGUGGAAGUUGACUGCUGGGAUGGGCCGGACGGGGAACCAAUUGUCCACCAUGGAUACACCUUGACUUCCAAAAUCCUCUUCAAAGAUGUGAUUGAAACUAUCAACAAAUAUGCCUUCAUCAAGAAUGAGUACCCUGUGAUCCUGUCAAUUGAGAACCACUGCAGCAUCGUGCAGCAGAAGAAGAUGGCUCAGUAUCUUACAGAAAUCCUGGGAGACAAACUGGAUCUGUCUUCUGUGCACAAUGAUGACUCCACAAAGCUCCCUUCACCAGCAAGUCUUAAAGGGAAGAUCCUGGUUAAGGGCAAGAAACUUCCAGCCAACAUCAGCGAUGAUGCAGAGGAAGGAGAAGUUUCUGAUGAGGACAGUGCUGAUGAGAUUGAUGAUGACUGUAAACUAAUGAAUGGAGAUGCAUCUGCUAACAGGAAAAGAGUGGAGAAUAUAGCAAAGAAAAAACUUGACUCACUGAUAAAAGAAUCCAAAAUCCGUGACUGUGAAGAUCCAAACAAUUUUACAGUUUCCACUCUACCAUCCUCAGGAAAGGCUGGGCUGAAGUCUGAUAGUAAGAAGAGUAAACUUGAGGAUGAUGCAGAGUCCGGGGAAGAUUGCAGUGCCAGCAAAAGGCACAGCCGGUCACUCAUGGGCAGCUUCUCCAAACGCAAGAAAAAAGGAAGCAAAUUGAAAAAGGCAUCAAGUCUGGAAGAGGGUGAAGACGAUUCGGAUUCUCAAGGGAAUUUAGCCAGGAGCUCUGUACAUUACAGCAGGGUAAGCCGACAGAAGAAGACAAUGAAGCUGUCCAGGGCCCUGUCUGACCUGGUGAAAUACACAAAGUCAGUUGGCAUCCAUGACGUUGAAACUGAAAUCUCUUCCAGCUGGCAGGUUUCAUCUUUCAGUGAAACCAAAGCCCACCAGAUCCUGCAGCAGAAGCCAGCACAGUACCUACGUUUCAACCAGCACCAGCUGUCCCGCAUCUACCCCUCCUCCUACAGAGUGGACUCCAGCAACUACAACCCCCAGCCUUUCUGGAAUGCUGGCUGCCAACUUGUUGCACUAAACUACCAGUCAGAGGGGAGAAUGCUGCAACUGAACCGGGCCAAAUUCAGUGCCAAUGGGAACUGUGGCUAUGUCCUCAAGCCAAACUGCAUGUGUCAAGGUGUCUUUAACCCAAAUUCUGAAGACCCACUGCCUGGUCAAUUGAAGAAACAGCUGGUUCUAAGGAUUAUCAGUGGUCAGCAACUCCCCAAACCACGUGAUUCCAUGCUGGGAGACAGAGGAGAGAUCAUAGAUCCAUUUGUUGAAGUAGAAGUUAUAGGGUUACCUGUUGAUUGCUUCAAAGAACAAACCAGAGUAGUUGAUGAUAAUGGUUUUAACCCCAUGUGGGAGGAGACCUUGGUGUUCACAGUGCACAUGCCAGAGAUUGCCCUGAUCCGGUUCCUGGUGUGGGACCACGACCCCAUCGGGAGGGAUUUCAUCGGGCAGAGGACCAUAGCCUUCAGCAGCAUGAUGCCAGGUUACAGACACGUGUACCUGGAAGGCAUAGAAGAGGCUUCCAUCUUUGUGCAUGUGGCUAUAAAUGACAUCUGUGGUAAGGCCAAACAAGCUCUAGGUCUAAAAGGGCUGUUUCUCAGAAAUCCAAAGCAGGCCUCUCUGGACAGUCAUGCUGCUGGGCAGCUCCAUCGCAAACACUCCUUUAGCAGCCACAUCCUGAGACGGACGGCCAGUGCACCCACCAAGAGCCAGAAGAAGAACAAGAAGGGCUUUCCAGAAAUUGCUUUUGACACAAAGGACAGCAGCUCUGCAGGGGCUGGAGAAGGGCGGGAAGUGGAAGCUGCCUCCCAGCCUCGCUUUGUGCAAGAGCCAGAAAGUGCUUCCCCGUCCCCAGCUCCCCGAGACGGUGCCGCUGGGGAGGCACCUGGCAAGGGCUUGAAAGAUGUCUGCCACUUCUCCAUGCAGAGGUCAGUCACUUCUUUAUGCAGCCUAGAAACGAUCACAGAAGAACCUGUCCUUGCCACUGAGAGCCAUCACUGCAGCCUUCUCUUCCCCCUGCCCGUUACCCCUUACAGUGACUCUGAGGAAGGAUCUGGCUCUGACCAUUCCACAGAAGCUCCAUCAGAGGGAAGAAUCACACCCAACCAGCCUCAAGAGCCCCUACCCUGCAGAGAACAAGGAACCAAUCUGGCUGCAGAAGACCAAGGGCAGGAUGUGCCAAGAGCAGCCGACACAAGUUUGGUAGCCCCAGAGGGUAAGAGGACAAGCGUGGCAGGAUGUCCCACAGAAGGAAAUGGCUGGACGCAGUGCAGUGAGGCUGAAGAUCAGGGUGGGUCAGCAGCACAUCCCCAAAAAGCCAGGCUGGUAGAGGCAGCAGAUCACAGUGCUGACCAACCUGCAGGAAACUGCCAGAAGCAAAACCAACCAGGUCAGGUAUCAGCCGACACGAAAAGCACCUCUGAAUCCAAAGGGCAAAACCCGGGUGCAGCAGCUGUUCCACCCCAGCAAAGCAGUGCCAAUAACAGCCCACAGGCACAUUCUCCCCAGGAAGCCCGGCCUGCACAGGCUCUCCCUGUCUCUGUUUCUCAGACAAGCUCUUACACGUUGGCAAGAAGGGCAAAGAGUGAAGGACUGAAGAUGUCAGACUCCUCAGCCUUAAUAAAAAUUCCGAGCAGCCAGUCUCCAGCAGCUGAAGUGUACUUUGAUGCCACUGUCAACGACCGGAUCUGGAGCAAGCUGGACUGCGGCAGCCACCGUGACAGCAUGUCCUCCUCGUCCAGCAUGUCCUCCAACGACACCGUCAUCGACCUCUCCCUCCCCAGCCUGGCUCGCAAAAGCCUCCCGGACCUGGGCAUCCGCCAGGACAGCCUGGAGCCCCUGGCCAUCAGGAAGGGCAUGCGCCCGCGCUCCGCCACCACCUGCAGCAACGAGAUGCCGAUGGUCAGCAAGAGCAAGUCCAACCCCAACCUGAGGUCUGGCCAGCUGCCGGCCGAUGAGCUGUGCCCCCGGCCCCUGGCCAGGAGCCCUCAGGACGCCUUCUCGUCCAUUCCUAGAAGGCACACCUGGAGCAGGCUCUACAUGGAGACUCUCAGGCAGUCCUCUAACAAAUCCAAAGCGCAUGACACGGUUGGGAAUAACCAGACAAAGUCCAAAAGCCUCGGGGACCUUACCUCUGACGACAUCGUGUGCACUUUUGAAAGCAAAUACCGCAGCAUCAGCAGGAGCUUCGUCACCCGCUCCAUGCGGGAGCAGCGCCGCUCCUCGAGCCUGCGGCCCUCGGCCAAAUCCCGGGACGAACUGACUGAGCAGCUGAAGAAGCUGACAGCCUUCCAGCAGGAAAACGAUAUCACCUCCCCCAUCAGCCUGGAGCCCAGCGAGUCGGAGGAGGAGGGCGAGAGCGUGGGGCUGCUGCGCCGCUCGUCGUCGCGCAGCCAGAGCCGCGUGCGCUACAUCGCCAACAGGGCGCGGCAGGCCCAGGAGAGGCAGCGCCUGCAGGGCCGGGCACAGCUCGGGGGCAGCCCCAUCGAGGAGAGGGGCAACCCCGAGGGCGCCUGCAGCGUGGGCAGGGCCGGCUGCACCGACCCCACUGCCCACACGGCCCUGGCAGCCUCGCCCAAAGCCCAGCCCGACUGCGCGGCCGACACCGAGGUGUUCUUCAUGCUCAAACUGUGACCCUGGCAGCGCUGGGCACUGCCUGCUCUCCUGUCACAGCAAAACACAGCCACCUGAGAGGCCCAAGACAUGCCGUGCUUCCUGGCCUUCCCUUCAGCCAAGGGUGCUUGAUACCACAGCUGAUGAGGAACUGAUGAGGAUUCAUUUUUAAUUGCGCUUUGCCCAGCCUCCGAUUUGGCCUCCUUUGUGUGUGACCACUUCUUGCGUUUGCAGUUUGCUCUUGGUCUUUACUAAUUUCAAUAAUUCUUCUGACAAUAGUAACCUUGAUGUUUGAUGCUAAAUGUGAUGCUAACGACAGCUGAGGUGAAUUUUGCUUUUACAAAUCAUGGAUCCAUGUAAGGAGGCUGGACUUAAAAUCAUUUUAUUUUCUGGAAGAGUUUGAGGCCUCUGAGGGUGUGAAUUAAUAAUGCAGUAGAUACAGUCCAUCUUCCAUCGUGGACCUGCUUAUUUCAGUGAAAAUCCAUAUUUUCUCUUUGAAGAAAAGCUCUCUUGUUCCAAAGCAAUGCUUUUAUAAACCCAGCCUGUUUAUAUAUCUAUAUAUAUAUAUAAAUAUCUAUAUAUAUACACCUGUGUGUAUGCAAAGAUAUGUCUGCACAUGUAUGUACACAUGCACACCCUGAACCUGAACUGUGACUGCUCCUUGUCUCAAGGCAUUGUCUGAGGGAAUUGAGACAGGAGAGAGGAGGGAAUGGCUAAAAAUAGAAAUAUCUUCUGACUUUACUUCAGAAAUGGCUACAAAGCAUGUUAGUCAGUUCUUGAAACAGCACUGUCCCUUCUUAUGGUAUUUUAACAAUGCUGCUGUACAUAGCACUUUUUGGAUGAAUUUUACUAUUUCUGUAUUGCACUGCCAUGCAAAAUUUUCAAUGAUAUGUUUAAAAAAAAAGAUAUAUUUAAUUUUUUAGAUGGACAUAUUUAGAAUUAAAUAACAACCCAAACAAAGUAAUAAUUUUUCCUCCCCCCUUUUUUUUUACUUUUUAUUUUUAGGGAUGUUGUCAUGUGUCCCCCCCGCUCCCCAAUUAUGAUGUCAUUUAUUAUAGAUGUACAUUUUAUCAGUGAUGGAGAAGAAUGUUUACUGAGAUGCAUUUUAAAGAGAAACAGAGGUUUAAUUUUAUUUCAGGCUGCUUAGAGUCCCUAUUAUUGAGAGGAUAUUUUGCCUUUGUAAUGACUCUUUUGUGUAUAUUGCAAAAUUUAAGAAUUUGUUUGUAAAACCACCUUACACUACUAAAAUAAACAUAUUUAACCUCCCA